AUGGCUCCCAAGAUCGCUAUCGUCUACUACUCCAUGUACGGCCACAUCAAGCAGCUGGCCGAGGCUGAGAAGGCCGGUAUUGAGAAGGCCGGCGGCUCUGCCGACCUCUUCCAGGUCCCCGAGACCCUCCCCGAGGAUGUCCUCGCCAAGAUGCACGCUCCUCCCAAGCCCACCGAUGUCCCUACCCUCGACGACCCCUCCGUCCUUGAGGGCUACGAUGCUUUCCUUCUUGGUAUCCCCACCCGUUACGGAAACUUCCCCGCCCAGUGGAAGGCUUUCUGGGACAAGACUGGCAAGCAGUGGGCUUCUGGUGGUUUCUGGGGCAAGAUGGCCGGUAUCUUCGUCUCUACCGCCUCCCAGGGUGGUGGUCAAGAGACCACUGCUCAGAACGCUAUCUCCACCCUCACUCACCACGGCAUCAUCUAUGUCCCCUUCGGUUACGCCAAGGCUUUCGGUGUUCUGACUGAUCUCUCUGAGGUUCGUGGUGGCAGUGCCUGGGGCGCUGGUACCUUCGCUGGUGGUGACGGUUCUCGCCAGCCCUCUGCCAAGGAGCUCGAGCUUGCUCAGAUCCAGGGAGAGAACUUCUACCAGACCGUUGCCAACAGCCAAGCCAAGGCUGCGCCUGAGGUGGCAUCGAACACCAACAAGCCUGCCGAGGCUGAAAAGGAUACCACUGCUCCCAAACAAGAGAACAAGGGACCCCAAGAGCUUAAGGAGGUCAAGGAGGGACCUUGUGGACUGCCAGCCAAGUGCGUAGUCCAAUAG